AUGUCUUCUGACGUCCGAGAUGAAGAAAUCGAGAUUCUUGCCUCCGGAUAUGACGGCGGCAUCAGUGAUACUGAUUCAGAGGCGAGUACAGUAGUUGCAGCCAGAAGCACCACUUCUGACCAACGCAUCCAGACUAACAACGAAGAAGCUCAAUUCGGAAAAACCUUGACCGGAUGUUCUGUGUGUGACAUGGGCUUCGACGGCCACCAGGUCAUUCUGGAUUCCAACGAGAACCAUCCUACAGUCGAGCGUGUCGAAGAGUUGGAGCGGCAAAUGCAAAAUAUUGAGAAGCUAGUGCCAACGGCGGAAAAAAGGGGGAAUCAAAGCAUGCAAAUAAUAACCUCUAUGAGCUCAUUUUCUUCCUCGUUUUUUCUUCUUCGUUUUCUUGUUGUGACUCUUGCCGUUAUUCUGCUCGGGUUGUCUGGACGGCUCGUCCUGGAUAUGGGUGUCCUCCAGAUCUCCCGCUCUGUCUUGAAUCUCCUCUCCCGACACCUCCCCAUCCCCAGUUGGACUCUUUUUAUUUUGAGAAUGGUCGGCUUCCCAUUUCCUCGGCUUCCCAGGGGCAACUGUACGACUCGCUAA